CACUUAGCUGUCUAAACUCUAAAGUGGUUGCUUGCUUGUGUCGAUGGAAUGGAGGUCUCCUCCUUCUCCCCGUCUUCUCCUUCUCCUUCUCUUUGGGAUUAUUUGGGCUUGUUAGUUUUACGUCCUGCUCUCGCAAUCUUGUUUGUGACUUCGUUUAUCUCUAUUGGGUGGUUUUUAGCAUGGAAGCUAGUGCUGGUACAUGUGCCUUUGGUUCAAGAGAUUUUCGGCCUGCGUAAAAAACUCACGAAGCCUAAGCCACUGACCCGUCGAAUAUCAAGAAUUUAUAAUACCAUUGAUGCCCGAAAUUCCACUCCUGCUGGGAUAAACAGCUCUGGAUUAGCUGAAGAUUGAACUUCACUUGUCUAGACGGGGAGAAAGGGAUGGCAAAGGAAUGAGAAACUACAGCCAUCCUCGGUUCCCAACAGAGAAUCAAGUUUCAGAAAAUCUGUAGUCUCAUGAUUGUUGUUAAUUGUUCGAGAAGUCAGUGUCAAUCUGAAGUUGCAUGAUUGUUGUUAACGUUCCACGCACGUCAAUUAUCAUUGUUGAUUGGUAUUUUGCAUCAAA